UAUAGAGAAUAUUCUUCUGUGCAGAUAGCUCGCUUCGUGCACGUCUAGAACCAGUCGGAACGGAAAAAUUAAGUAACUUAAGAAGCGACUUCUGCUGAGACCAGCACAAAUCAGCGGAGAUCGUAUAAAGCUAUGUUUAUUUCCCAAUAAUAAACAAUAUAUUAAGGAACGCAAACAGAAUCAUGAUGCCCAGCUGGAGUUUAAUGUGCCUGCUUCUGGUGUUAUCUUUAUCGUUGAGCCUAAGUCUGCGCCUGGAGAACCAAACGCAUGAGCAAGUCAAGCAACUGAUCGCUUGCAAACAGCCCAAGGCACCGGGAUUGUGUAGGGGCAGGCAGCUGCGCUAUGCCUACAACAAGGAGACGGGCAACUGUGAGAGCUUCUAUUAUACGGGCUGUGCCUCAACGGAGAACAAUUUCCUGACCUAUGAGGAAUGCCGACGCGACUGCAUGCAGCGUGGACGUUAUUAAUUUUUAUAAAAUAUUUCAUUUUAUUUUUAUAUUUGCGUUAACAGAAAUUCACAAUUAAAACUAUGUAUUAGACCUCCUAGCCUUUCUGGACUUGCGUUGUGGCUUGGGCGGUGCUUGGCUCUUGGGCAUG